UGGCCUCGCGCAAAGCAGCACUUCCGGCCGCCUGGGGGCUUGCGGAGGGCGCGGUGCGCAGGACCGGGCCGGGGGCUUGCGGCCCCUUUGGGGAAGAGAGAGGCGGAGCUCGGAGGCGAAAGCGGGAGCCGGCCGGGCCGAGCCCCGGCGCCCGCGGUCGGCGCGCCAACUCGCACCGCCGGAGCGAGGCGUGGCGUGGCCCCGUCGACCUCCGGCCUCUGACCCCCGACCUCGCGGGGCGGGCCGCAUCGCGGCCUGGCGCGGUUUCGCGGGGACGCGUUUCCCGCCGCACCGCGGGGCCGCCCGGACCGCCCUGGAGGAGGCACCUUCCGGCGGCCCCGGCGCGGAGCCCUGGGCCGGGCGGCGGCCCCGGCGUGGCGGCCUGACGGCCCGGAGGGAGCCCACGCCGCGCCCUGGCUCCCAGAGGCCCUGGCGGCGGUCCGAGAGGGCCCCGGCACAGUGUGCGGACGAUGCCGAAGCUGCAGGGCUUCGAGUUCUGGAGCCGCACCCUGGGGGGCGCUCGCCAUGUCGUGGCGCCCAUGGUGGACCAGAGCGAGCUGGCCUGGAGGCUGCUGAGCCGCCGGCACGGGGCCCAGCUCUGCUACACGCCCAUGCUGCACGCCCAGGUCUUCGUGCGCGACGCCAACUACCGGAAGGACAACCUGUACUGCGAAGUGUGCCCCGAGGACCGGCCCCUCAUCGUGCAGUUCUGUGCCAAUGACCCAGAAGUGUUUGUCCAGGCGGCUCUCCUGGCCCAGGAUUACUGUGAUGCCAUCGACCUGAACCUGGGGUGCCCGCAGAUGAUAGCCAAGCGAGGUCACUACGGGGCUUUCUUGCAGGAGGAGUGGGACCUGCUCCAGAGAAUGAUUCUGCUGGCACAUGAGAAACUCUCUGUCCCCGUCACUUGCAAAAUCCGUGUCUUCCCAGAGAUUGACAAGACCGUGAAGUACGCUCAGAUGCUGGAGAAGGCCGGCUGUCAGCUGCUGACCGUGCACGGGCGCACCAAGGAGCAGAAGGGGCCGUUGUCGGGCACCGCGUCCUGGGAGCACAUCAAGGCUGUGCGGAAGGCAGUAACCAUCCCUGUGUUUGCCAACGGGAACAUCCAGUGCCUGCAGGACGUGGAGCGUUGCAUCCAGGACACGGGAGUGCAGGGGGUCAUGAGCGCAGAGGGCAACCUGCACAACCCUGCCCUGUUUGAGGGCCGCAGCCCUGCCGUGUGGGAGCUGGCCGAGGAAUAUCUGGACAUCGUGCGGCAGCACCCCUGCCCCCUGUCCUACGUCCGGGCCCACCUCUUCAAGCUGUGGCACCACACGCUGCAGGUGCAUCAGCAGCUUCGGGAGGAACUCGCCAAGGUGAAGACCCUGGAGGGCAUCGCGGCCGUGAGCCAGGAGCUGAAGCUGCGCUGCCAGGAGGAUAUGUCCAGGCAGAAGGAGGGAGAGAAGCCAGCGGGCGGCCUGCCUUUCUUCCACUGGAUCUGCCAGCCCUAUUUCCGGCCAGGGCCCAGGGAAGGGAGCAGGGAGAACGGGGGAGCCCGCAGCAAGCGGGCCCUGGAGGAGGAGGAGGGGGGCACAGACGUCCUGUCCAAGAACAAGCAGAAGAAGCAGCUGAGGAACCCCCACAAGACCUUCGACCCGUCGCUGAAGCGUGAGCCGUUCCCGCUGCCCGGGCCGGAGGAGAGCCGUGGAGGGGCCGCCUUCCGGAGAAGGCCCGCCUGGUGGCGAGCGCGCAGAGGAGGGGGGCGGGUCCUUGGGCCGGUGGGCCGCAGGUUGCCGGCAGCCCCGGGGCCCACUGCAUCCUGCGCCCCUCGCGCUGCCUGGCCGGCCCCAGGGAGCAGGAACCCCCACCGGGACUCGGGGGAGGAAGCGGCAGCUGGGGGAUGGGUUCGCCUGCCGAGCCAACAGGUUUUUGUUCCUUUCUCAGCAAAAUACGCGAAGUGUGACCAGUGUGGAAACCCAAAGGGCAACAGAUGUGUGUUCAACCUGUGCCGGGGCUGCUGCAAGAAGCGAGCUUUCAGAGAGGCCGCGGAUUGCCCAGGUCACGGAUUGCUUUUUAAAACCAAAUUGGAGAAGUCUCUGGCCUGGAAGGGAGCCCAGUCCCGGCUGCAGGAGCCUCAGCCGACAGGGUCGGGGGACCCAGGCAGCUUUCCCGAGGUGGUGGGCAGCGCCCUGGCCUGAAGGGCGGCCAGAGCCCGACGCACAGUGCCCCCCCCCCAGUCCCAGGGCUGCCACUGCAGCCUCAUCACGCCCCGCUGGAGGAAUCGCCUUUACUCAGGGAAUCUCCCGCUACUCGACACGGAAGGAUGAGCUGGUCUUGCCCUCACCUGCGCUGGGAGCCCGGAAAUGCUGCACCAGGGAGCAGGCUCCCAGGCCGGACCUGCCCCCUCCUAGCAACGUGUGUGUUCAGCAGUGAACAAUAAAUCGUUUCAGAGAUGUG